AUGCUUACCGAAUCGCAAGUUCAACAAUUCAAAGACAAGCUCACCGAGAGCAUCUUUGUUACUCCACAAGACGCAGAAUACGCAAAUGUUAUCAAAAGAUGGAAUGACGUCGGCGAAAGGCGUGCUGGUGGCAUUGUACUAGCAGGUUCCGAAAGAGAUGUAUGUAUGGCAAUAACUCUCGCUGUCGAUUUCAGCCUUGAUCUCGCUAUUCGUGGCGGCGGCCACUCACACUUUGCGGCGUCGUCUACUGAAGGAGGUAUCGUGAUUGACUUGCGCAAUAUGAAUAAAGUCACUGUGAACGACGGAGUGAAGACCGUCACGGUUGAAGGUGGAGCUCUCUGGUCGGAUGUGGACGAGGCGCUCGGUGCAAAAGGGCUUGCGGCUGUCGGGGGUACUGUGAAUCAUACGGGGGUCGGCGGGUUGACUCUAGGAGGAGGGUAUGGCUGGCUCUCCGGGCAAUAUGGGUUAGCCCUGGACAACCUGCUCAGUGCACGAAUUGCGCUUCAAGAUGGCCGAAUUGUUGAAGCGUCAGCUACAUCUCAUACUGACCUUUUCUGGGCGAUUCGGGGAGGCGGUGGUAAUUUUGGCGUUGCUGUGGAGUUUGUAUUCCAGGCAUAUGAAAAGCAGGAUGAAGUAUUUGCUGGAAUGCUUGUCUAUAAUCUAGACAAAGUGCCGGAGAUCGUCCAGCUUCUGAAUGAAUGGAGCAGCGAGCAACAGCCUAAUGAGAGUGUCUUGCUUGCUGUUGUAUCUCCACCGCCAAACGGCCAGGCAAGUAGAAUAUUGAAUCCUGCGAUCGCUGUUGUCCCAUUCUACGACGGCCCCGAGGACGCAGCCCGCAAGCGAUUUGAAAAACUCCUAUCUAUUAACCCUAUCGCCAACGGAACAUCGAUGCUACCCUACGCAAAGGUAAACUCCCUGCUCCUGGACGGGGCAAAGCACGGCGGCCGGAAAUUUCAAGCAGGGGCAGUCUGGGAGCCGCCCUUGCUUCUUGAACAGCUGGACGAGGUGAUCGGAGAAUAUUGUGCGAUGCUGGAAGCCUAUCCCGAGACAGCAGGGUCGGCGGUGCUCUUCCAGUUCGAUCAUCCUGCUAAGAUAGCUUCUAUUCCGAUUAAUGCAACGGCCUUCGCGAAUCGUGGAUACCACCGUCUCGCCAUGGUCGAGGUGAAAUUUAAAAAUGCAGCCCUGGACGCUGUCGCUCUGAAGUGUGCAAAGAAGAUCAUACGGACUCUCGAGGGUUGGGACAGGGCCUCAGAAAAUGGAGCCGGAGUGAAGGUUUACUCCAACUACGCAACUGGCGAUGAAGAUGCACGGGAAAUCUUUGGAACCAAUCUCGAGCGCUUGACAGAGGUAAAGAGGGCGUAUGACCCUGGAAACAUCUUCAACAAGUGGUUUCCAAUUCGCCCUUAGCAAUAUCGUACAUAAGAUGCUUGCUCUUACUAGGCUGGUGUGGCGUGAACCAGUUCAUGUUCUUAAAUAUUUAUCAUUGAACUAUUUAACUAAUAAGGGGAAUAUUACGGAAGGAUAG